GCAAGCCUUUCUACCUGCCGCACCCACCACCACAUCUAUUGACUGAUGAUCCUCUCCCCCAAGAACGCUAACACAGGAGCUGUCCUCUGAGACUGUACGACUUUAUUCUUCAAAUGGCUUUGCCCUUCCAAUAGCUCCAGGCAUCCUGAGUCUGGGCUAGAGCCCUCCCCAAAGCAGCUGGAAGGAGCUGAGACCCAGGCAGACUACCCCCUCAAAUGGGGUGGUCUGGACCUGUGACAACCCCUGCAUUGGAGUCCGUACUGGCUGCGGGAGACCCUGCUCAUUUGAAAAUCUGACAUCAGCUGGGCAGUCGCCCCCCUCCUCCCCUCCUCCCGCUACUCUGACACAGCAUUUAGCGUCUGAAUCUUCGUUUCUCUCCCAGGGACCCUUCAUUCUCCAUAUCCAGGAAAAUAUGAUGGGCUACAGGUAUCAGCUUCUAGAUCACCACUUAACAUUCUAGCCACAAGUGACAAGUGGAAAAUCCAGGGGCAACGAGGUCCAUCAGGAAGAUGUCUAAAGAAAUGGUAGACCAAAGAGAAGAAGGAGAAGCUGGAGGAAAAGAGACAUGCAGAGACCAGAUCAAAGAAUCGGACAAAGAAGAGGAACCACCAGCUGCUUCAUCCCAUGGCCAGGGGUGGCGUCCAGGUGGCAGAACACUUAGGAACUCAAGGCCUGAACCCGGGGCCAGACCCCCUGCACUCCCCAACAUGGUCAAUGACCCACCAGUACCUGCCUUACUGUGGGCCCAGGAGAUGGGCCACGUCCUGGCAGGCCGUGCCCGCAAGCUGCUGCUGCAGUUUGGGGUGCUGUUCUGUACCAUCCUCCUCCUGCUCUGGGUGUCUGUCUUCCUCUAUGGCUCCUUCUACUAUUCCUACAUGCCGACAGUCAGCCACCUCAGCCCUGUGCAUUUCUACUACAGGACCGACUGUGAUUCCUCCACCUCCUUACUUUGCUCCUUCCCUGUUGCCAAUGUCUCACUGGUUAAGGGCGGCCGUGAUCGGGUGCUGAUGUAUGGCCAGCCAUACCGCAUUACCUUAGAGCUUGAGCUGCCAGAGUCUCGUGUGAAUCAAGAUCUGGGCAUGUUCUUGGUCACCAUUUCAUGCUACACCAGAGGCGGCCGAAUCAUCUCCACCUCUUCACGCUCCGUGAUGCUGCAUUACCGCUCGGACCUGCUCCAGAUGCUGGACACUCUGGUCUUCUCCAGCCUCCUGCUGUUUGGCUUUGCAGAGCAGAAGCAGGUCCUGGAGGUGGAACUAUACCCAGAAUACAGAGAGAACUCGUAUGUGCCGACCACCGGGGCCAUCAUCGAGAUCCACAGCAGGCGCAUCCAGCUAUACGGAGCCUACCUGCGCAUCCACGCCCACUUCACUGGGCUCAGGUACCUGCUGUACAACUUCCCGGUGACGUGCGCCUUCAUCGGCGUCGCCAGCAACUUCACCUUCCUCAGCGUCAUCGUGCUCUUCAGCUACAUGCAGUGGGUGUGGGGGGGCAUCUGGCCCCGGCACCGCUUCUCUUUACAGGUGAACAUCCGAAAAAGGGACAGUUCCCGAAAGGAAGGCCAGCGAAGGAUCUCUGCCUCUCAGCCAGGAGGCACAGGGCCCCAAGGCCAGGAGGAGUCCACUCAGCUGUCACCUGUUACAGAGGAUGGUGAGAACCAGGCAGAUCCUUCGGGGCCAGAGGGCCAGCUGUGUGAGGAGGAGAAAUCAGAUCAGCAGCCCCUGAGUGGAGAGGAGGAGCUAGAGCCCGAGGCCAGUGACGGUUCAGGCUCCUGGGAAGAUGCAGCUCUGCUGACGGAGGCCAACCUGCCUGCUUCUGCCCCUGCCCUUGCCCCAGAGACCGUGGGCAGUUCUGAACCCUCUGCAGGCACUGUCCGACAGCGCCCCAUUUGCUCCAGUUCCUGAAAGGACCAGGGCAGAGUGGCCACAUUCCAGCCCUUUCCCACCUGACCCCUUUCCCUUCCCGUGGCUUCCCCAAUAAACUAUUUUCGUGCCA